AUGCCCGCGUUCGACGCCGCCGAGUGCUCCCGGCGUCUGGCUCAGCCAGUCACGGAGGGCGGCACGCGAACCAUGGGUCGCGUGCUGCUGGCGGCUGCGACUCUCGACUCCACACAGGAGCUACUGAGGAGCCAUGGGGCGUUGCUGGGGGACGGUGUCGUGGCGGUGGCGGACCGACAAACGAGUGGCAAAGGUCGCGGAGGCAACCAGUGGACCUCCCCCCUGGGCUGCCUGAUGUUCUCCGCGCUGCGGCGGCUGCGGGUGUCCUCCCCCGCCCAGGCGCCCUUCAUCAACUACCUUGACGCCGGUCUGGUUCCCCUCCCUGGCCUGCUCCGCAUCAAGUGGCCUAACGACAUCUACUCGGGGGAUCUGAAGGUGGCGGGGGCGCUCAUACACACCACAUGGCAGGGCGGAUGCUUCAACGUCAUUACGGGCAUUGGCCUCAACGUCAAUAACCGAACUCCAACCACCUGCUUGGACGAGCUUCUGGAGCGGGCAGCGGCAGAGCGGUCGGCGGGAGAACAAGAGGCGGUGCUGACGGGUAUACUUGCCGCUCUGGAGGAAGUGUACGACAUCUUCGAGGAGCACGGGUUCGCCCCCCUGGAGGCCGAGUACCUGACCAACUGGCUGCACACUGGCCAGGUGUUGGACUUUGACAACUCGGAGCCGCCCGCGACAAGUCCAUCUUCCUCCGCGACCACCACCACCACCACUACCACCACCACUACCACCCCUUCUACCACCGGCAGGAGCACUGGCACCGGCGGGGGCGGUGCGGUUACACGGCUGAUCAUCCGCGGCUUGUCCCCCUCGGGCUUCCUGCUGGCUGAGGAUGUCGAGGGCGGUGCUGGUGUUGCUGGUGCUGAUGGUGGUGGUGGUUGUGGUGGUGGCGCCCGUUACGAACUGACACCCGACGGUAAUAGUUUGGACAUGAUGAAGGGCCUUAUUCGUAGGAAAGUGCAGUGA